CUUUUAAGAUGAGUUAAAAUAAUUUCAUUACAUUAAAAUACUAUUAUAAAGUUUAAUACAUUUGUGUUUUCAAACAGUCUUGCAUUAUUUGGUAUUCGUCAUUUUUUCUUUUUGAGGUAUUGUUUUUUCCCCACAGUUCCGCUUUGGUCGUCCUUUCCAGACACACUUUGUUUACUGUGUCGGACUGCUAUCUUAGUAGUUAAGCUAUGGUAGGUUCGGAAGAAAACAAGGCCAGUUUGCACGUUAGUGUAUUCCUGUAAGAAGUUUAAACAUCAGUUUAAAAAAACGAGAAGCUUUGCAGACAUUUAGGGAUAAGAUGAUCGAGGUGGUGGCCUCCAUGGCACGGGGCCCUGUGUUUUUGGCCGGGGAGCUGUUGGAGUGUCUUAUUACUUUCAGGAACCCCAUGUCACACUUUUCUACCUCUGCAAGCAGUGAGAUGUUGGCGUGGGCCAGUGCCCAGAUUCACUGCCAGUUCCAUGCCAGUGAGAGCAGGGUGACACUCCCAAGCCAGGACAACAAGCAGGAUGUUCAGGCUGAGAGUGACACAGUCCUCAUUCCAAGCAGAGGCGAGCGAGGGCAAUGUGUUCUGGACACACCACCGAAGAUCUUAUUCUGUGACCUGUGUCUGGAUCCAGGAGAAAGCAAAACCUAUUCAUACAGUGAGGUCGUACCAGUCGACGGCCCUCCCAGCUUUCGUGGUCAGGCGGUGAAAUACGUCUACAAGCUCACCAUCGGCUGUCAGAGAGUUAACUCUCCCAUUAAACUUCUCAGAGUUCCCUUUAGAGUUUUGGUUCUGCAGGGCAUGCCAGAACCAUCAUUCACUCAGGAUGAUGAAGUUUCUCCAUCUAAUCCCUUCCUGGAGGAAGAGGAAGCAAGUCGCAGGGAUGCUCGGCCUUUGGAGAGAGCACUGGACAUGCUCAUGGUCUCCACGUCCAGACGCUGCCCACACAUGUUUAAUAUCACGAAUGUUCGAGGAAAAGUGGCAAAGUUCUGCAUCUUCAAGACCGUUUACAGGCUAGGAGAGGACAUCAUUGGCACGUUUAACUUCUCAGAGGGCGACAUUCCUUGCUUACAGUAUUCAGUGAGCCUCCAAAGUGAGGAGGAGAUACAGCAGGUGUACCAGAGGCGCCCCGGCCAGGCUCUCAGUGUGACAGGACACGGACGUCAUCUGGAAUCAUGCCUGCACACGGCAUCUAGCCACUUCUCCCUGCCUGUUCCCCUCAACGUCACACCAGGCUUCAGCACAGACAUAGUGACCCUGAGGUGGCGCCUGCACUUUGAAUUCGUCACGGCACGGGAGCCCGUCGAGCCGGCCGCUGUGCUCCAGAAUGAAUCAAAGGUAACGGUGUGGGCUGGGGUGGAACACGUUGAAGUAGAUACCUUCAGCUGGGACCUGCCCAUCAAGAUCCUGCUCACCAACCCCGCCCUGGCAUCCUACGAGUCGCAGUUCACAGGAAGCAACAGCAUCAACAUUUGACUUCCACCUUUUAAGACCAGUAAAUGGCGCUGCUGACGUCAUAUUAUAUCCCUUAUCAUGCACAGUGUAAUGUUUUUAACCUUUUAAUUGAUUUUGUCAUCAAAAUGUUACAUCUUUUGGAAGAUGAAGAUGCGGACAAACGAGCACAUAUAUGUAUGUUUAAUGAAACUUUGUAAAUUCAAAAUCCCAACAGCACACACAAUUACUUUCCCAUUCCAGAUAAACAUUGUAUGUAAAUACUUGCUAAUUAAAACUGUGAAUAACACGUCAUGUGAUGUGUUUUUUGACAUAACUAAGUCAGUUAUAGCAGAAAAAAUGUUAAUAUAUUAUUGUAUGCAUAGUUUUGCUAUUUACAAGGAUGACUGCAAGAGGCUAUUUUAGAUAAUAGUGAACCAAUAUCAUAGACUUUUUAAAAUGUGUCAUUCUGUGUUACACAUUGGCUAUUAUGAAAAAUUAUUAAAAUGAAAUAAAGAUGGUCACUGACAUUUUAGUGUGGUUUUCACAGAAGCCAGUUACUGUAGAUGCUGGUGCUAUGCCUCCAGCUGGUUCUGUGAUCCAUGACUGGGGUCCCUCAUGUGCUCGCCCGGUAUGCAGGGCAGGCGUCUGUCGGCGGUGAGGACAAGGGACACUUUGCAGGUGACUGGCUCCACUCGCACUUCACACCAUGCGGGGAAAUCCACCGGUCGUUGUACCCUGGUGAUCAGCUGAAUGUGAGAAUGUUUUGUGUUUUUCCUCUGCCUUUACGAGCAGGCAUGUGCACUCACGUGGCACAGCAGCCGACACCCACCGGCUGCAGACAGGUGCACUGCAUGCAGGUGUCGUCCAUCCACGUUUCACCCAGUGCAUAGUGUCGCCCCUCAAACACACACAGCGCUGAAAGCAGUGAAAAUGAAAAUCAAACAUUUAUGUAUUUAAAUCAAUAUUUAGAGAACGAUCACCUUUAGAGUUGAAGUGACACUCCAUGGGGGCAGCAGGAGAGCCACUUGUCCACAGGAGAAGACACCCGGCCACCUUGAGCACCCAGUAAAGUCCCAAAAGCUCCAUCGUACUUCACUUCUGCUUGUCCUUUUUCCCAUUGCAGGCCCAUUUAUAUGUCCAGAUGUUUCACCCCCCCUUACUAGAGGAGUCUUGGCAUCAACCACUAAAGCGAUAGAAGCACUGACACAUUAAUGUGAUGACCAAGUGAAGGGAAAAAGAAGGAAAGUUAUUCCCGAUUCACCAAUAAUCAGUGCCUCACUAUGCUUUUUAGUCCAGGCUGUUGUCAAUCAAGCAUCAACAAAGGCCUUCACCUGACAGCACUGAUGGACAAAUGAAUGUAUUUGCGUGGCAGAUGUUCCUCCGUAGCUUCUGCCAGAGCUGAUCUGACCCCCCUGAAGAUGACAUCACCCCCUGCAACAAGAAUUGGUUGAGGUCAUUGUUGAUAGAAACUGAACUUUCCUGUCACAAACCCACCCAUUGUUGACAAGGGGCAUUUUUGCAUUUUUGUGGGCAAGGACUUUACGGUCCUUUACUUACUUUCCUAGCAUUUACGUGGGGUUGUUAUUCUAAUAUGUUUUCGCAUUGAUACCAUUUAGCAUUAUUAACUGACCUAUUUGUCAAUAUUUAACAGAUAGAAAUUGGCAGAUGUUCUGUAAUCUGGCAUAUUUACAGCUGUAUUUGUUGCAC